AGUAAAACCAAUUUAAGAGUUUAUGUAAUUAAAUGUUUCAAGUAGUAGGAUUAUUUAACAGUUAACUUUGAUAUCCAAACGCCACCUGAAAAUUAUCUUCUUGUAAAUAAUACCUACAGUCGCUGUGUCACGACACAAAACUAUUUUAAAAACUUGCAGAUACGCAGUUCAGAACUACAUUCAUGGAUACUGGGUGUAUUCAUAUCAUUUGCUGGAGUGGUUAAAAGGUAAUUUAAAGUUCCUUUAUAAGUAAGAAGGAGCUGAUAUAUAUAUAGAACAUAAUCUAAGAGUAGAAGAAAGUACCCAUUCUGCAGAACUUCUCUUUUAAACUUUUUUUUGGACUUUUAUUAUCCAGUGAUUUUAUUCUCUGUCCCUUAGCAGCAUUUUAGUAUCACACUGGUGGGACUACAUUGUCAGGCGGCUACACUGUGUAAUUUAAAUGUUAUUAUUUUAUAUUUUAUGCAAAGAAACUGUAGCUUUAGCCAAUAUUUCUCUAAUAGAUUUGAUAAACAGCGCUAUCGGUGUUGUACUGGCCAGGCUACCGUGUUACCCUGCCCUGUGGGGAUUGGUUGGCAUUGCUCAUUGUUUUCCAAGUUUGAACAUGAGUGAAAACAAAGCAUACAUAAACCACAACCAACUACUCCUCAACACGAGGAAAAUAAUAAUAAUAAUAAUGCUACCUCCUCUUCAUUGACGUUAUCAGUCAGUUGGUCAAGAACAUGCGUAAUUAGUCAUGCCUGAAUGGACAUCCGGUAGUAUCUGUUGGGGACAACGUCCGUGGAAUUAAUUACCACAAGUGAUAAGGCUCUUACUCACCUAAUGACAGUCCACUGACAAUUUACCACCACAGACCACAAUGUUGGUUUGACCCCUGCUAUGAUUAGUUUACUAUCAGCCGCUCCUUUUUACCAACAGUUGGGUUAUUUUAUUUCUGUUUUUUAUGAUUUAUUCUGCAACCAGGUCUGCAGGAAUCAAUAACUGUGCACCUCACAAGCACAGACUGCUGCAGUGAAUAAAAUGGUACACGUGCACUGCAUCUUUAUAACACUGCACACUUUCUGAGAACAGGAUGCGCAGUGCAUGCGCUUAAAUGUACUGAAAAAUUUGCUUUAAAAAAAUCAUUUCCCUUCAUCGUCAUCCAUCCGUGUUGUUUUGAUUUGAUGCUAUGCAAAUAUGCAAAUGCAGUCACUUGACUAUACUUUGAUAUGUUGUGGGUAGGGCUUGGUCAGCAUCCAGGACUAUGGGCUAUAUAUAGUCUGAAAGUAAAGGCACUGGCCAUGGAUGCUGAACGAAUCCCAGCUUGUGAGUGUAUAUCGUUUAUCGAAAGUGCCCCUGAUAGAUGCUUCUUGUCAAUCUGCAACAAUCACAUCGGCAAACUCCUUGUUUAUUUUCCCCUAAUAUAAAAAAGAUCUCAACGAUUACCUCACUAGAAGGCUAUUCAUCAUUGUGGACUUUUUUACACCUUGGUACAUAGGAAAUGCUCUCAUAAAUCGCGCUUUAAUUUUUCCCAGAGCUGGGUAUUUAAGACUAUUAAUCAAAGAAAGAGAGAGAGAGAGAGAGAGAGAGAGAGAGAGAGAGAGAGAGAGAGAUCUUUUGUUUUUCUUUCAACCAUACAAAAAAUUACAUAAUGAUGUAUGGUUUUAGUUUUAGUUUGCAAAAAGCUUUGUCCAAGUUAAGGGAAUCCCCCCAGCUAUUAAGUACCGGUAUAUAAACCUCAGCAUCAUACAGAGACUGAAACAGUGCUGAUUUACCAAGCUCCGGCCAAGUUCCCUGUCUGAUCAGAAGCAGUCUUAUGGCAAACAUUCAACUAUGUAAGUCAGAGCGUUACUGGAUAGGCUGUUAUUUAAAUUACUCUGUUGCGUGCUCAUGCAAGCUGGGUGUCGUAAUGCCCGUGUAGACUCGUGCGUUGACGGCUGUUUCUCUCUUUCCUUGCAGACGUCGCCAGCUGUGUGCUGCUGCUGUCCCUGAGCUGGCGCACAUCCGAAGCUCUCCCGGUGCCCGCACCGAGCCCGGGGACCGGCGGUCAGUGCGCCGACUUCUACAAGAUGCUCCUGCUGAACAUCUCAAAAGCUCUGGACAGUAUUUAUUUGAGUGAUGGUAUCCAAUCCGAAAAGAUUGAGAUGAGGAGUACUGGGGAGACAGUACUGGCCUGUGCACCUACUCUGACUGAGAACUUAGGUUGCGUGACACAAAGAAAUUCUUCUUUCAGUGAGAGUGAAUGUCUGAAGAACAUAAAGAAGGACCUGCUCUACUAUCACGAAGCGAUUGCAUCUUACCUCACAGGUCCUCUCAAAAAUGGUCCAGAGGAAAUUAGACUUCUGAGCCCAAUCGUGGAAAUCACAAAGAAUCUCACAGAGAACUGCUUUCCGCAGCUGGACGUAGAGAACCUGCCCUCAGAGGAUGCCAAGGUGUGGGGCAAUGAGUCCUACAACAACCGGCUGGAGAUGAAUAAGAUGAUGAAAGGCUUCCACAUCAGAGCCAUCACUAUCAACCGAGCCAUUGGCUACAUCUCCUCGGGAGACCACAGGAAGUAAACGUCCUGCAACCUCUUCGACUUCAGCCUCAUCAAAUAAUAGCACAACAAAUAUCAAAUCUCUAUUAUCACAUCAGAACAAGCUGUCCUAAUUAGUCACUACCAUCUCUUUCAACUACUGACCAAGUUCUACAAUGUACCUGCUGCACAACUGUCUGCACUGAAGGAAGUUUACUCAGGCAUAAGCUAGCUGGUUCAACUCCAGUAUCUUCAUUCAGUAAGUGCUGAAGAAUGUUCAAACUAUUAUUACGGUUAGGCGUGUGUUAUAAUGAUUUUAUUUAUUUAUUUAUUGCAUCUAUUUAUUUAUUUGAUC